UAUUGUAUUUUAAUCACUAUAGAAACCACCAACCUUUCUCAUUUCUUACAAAGCCAGACCGUUCUAUCUGUUCUGCAAAGGCAAGAGCUCCAUCGAAAUCUCCUUGUUGGUGUGGAAGAUGAGUUCUCCAGCUCCUGCUGUCCCCAAAAGGCUAGAAGGGAAGGUGGCCAUCAUCACUGGCGGAGCGAGCGGGAUCGGAGAGAGCACGGCCCGCCUCUUCUGGGCAAACGGAGCAAAAGUAAUAAUCGCAGACAUCCAAGACAACCUAGGGAACACCAUCUGUGAACAGCUGGGUGGUGAGAACAUCGCGUACGUCCACUGCGAUGUGACCGAUGAGGAGGAGGUACGCAACCUGGUAGACUUUGCGGUGGACAAGUAUGGGAAGCUAGACAUAAUGUACAACAAUGCAGGGAUUAUGGACCCGAAGACGACGAGCAUCCUAACCAUUGAAAAGUCAGACCUGGAAAGGGUCCUGAGAGUGAACCUAGUAGGAAGUUUCCUAGGGACUAAGCAUGCCGCAAGGGUAAUGGUACCGGCACGUAAAGGGUGCAUAUUGUUCACGGGGAGUUCUACCGCCUCGAUCGCAUGCAUGAACGAGCACGCCUAUGUUGCAUCAAAGCGAGGCAUCGUGGGGCUAGCGCAGAACGUAACGGCUGAGCUGGGGCAGUUUGGAAUUCGUGUGAACUGCGUGUCGCCCUACGCCGUGGCGACCAACUUCGUCAAGGGGGCGCUGCCGGAUCAUGACUCUGAAGGAUUCGAGAAGUUUAUGAGCCAAGUGGGGAAUCUCAAGGGUGCGGUUUUGAAGACUGAUGAUGUGGCACGCGCCGCGCUCUACCUUGCGAGCGACGAUGCGAAUUACGUGAGUGGGCUCAACCUUUUGGUCGACGGAGGCUUCAGCAUUGCCAACCCUUCGGUGGCAUUGGCCAUGACCCAGCAACACUAAGACUCUGUACUCAGCCGCACCUGAUCUGCUUUGGCACCAUGAGUCACAGCCCGAGUCCCAAAUCGAGUCAGGACCGAAUUGAGUCGGUCCGAGUCGUUUAACCAUGCUCUCCAGCUUUGUUGUUCCAGCUUUUGAUGUUCCUUGUUGUAUUCACAUUUUUUGUUGUUGCGUUUCUUUUAGGCCCCUUACGUCUGACCUCUAUUAAAAAGUUCGUCAAAGCUUGUUCAGAGUUCAAAUAAAACACUCCCUCUAUUAAAAUCGUUCAAAUU